AUGGAGAAGAAGGAGCUCGUGAAUAUCCAGGUCAACCCAUGUGAUUAUGAAGAGAUGCAAAGUGCAAGCCUAAAGGAAAGAAGACGUCCCAAAAAGAUUAUCUCCAAGAAAAAAAUCUCACUCUAUAAAACCGAGAUUUGCAAAAGCUUUGAGAAUAGCAACUUCUGCACGUACGGAGACAAGUGCCAGUUUGCGCACUCUCUAAACGAGCUAAGAGACAUAGAAAGGCACCCCAGAUACAAGACAGAGCUGUGCAAGACAUACACCACAACAGGAGAGUGCACGUAUGGAAAGAGGUGCUGCUUCAUUCACACAGGUCCAAGUGAAGAUGCCCACACAGACUUGCAGGAUGCCCGCAACAUGCCAGGAGACUGGAAAAUACCAGGAAUGCACUGCCCAGAGAUAAACAUGUGCGAAAUAGCAGAGGAUGAAGAGCUUAAAAACAUAAGAUCACUGCUUAGCACAGAGGAGCUUGAGAAGAUAAAAACACUUGCUGUCUUUAAAGUUAAGCCUUCUCAAACACAAAGCACUCGGCAUGCAAGCACACACCUGAAUAUCCCUCCUUCCAUAUAUGUUGGGCCAAGACACAGCACAUCAAAUGUCUGGGUUAAGCCGUACUUCUGUUUUGUAUUUGUAGACUCAACAUUCAAAGUAACAGAAAAGAUAGCCCUAGGCAAGUCCCCAGGCUCUGUCUCCUUGUUAAAGGACUAUGGCAAAUAA